AUGACUUAUUCAAUAUUUAUUUAGACUCCAGAAGGCAAUCAAUUACAUUUUAAAGGAUCAGAGAUAAAUGAUAUAAAGGUAUUUGUAGAUUAAGAAUUGGGAAUUCCAGAGGAUUUAUAAAAGUAUCAUGUAGGAGGAAAAGUAUUAUCAAAUGUAUGCUAAUUGAGUGAUUUAUGCACAAUAACUUUAUUUUUAGGAUUAUAAGGUAAUGAAUAUGUAAAUAAAAUUAGGUGGUAAAGGAGGUUUUGGAUCAUUAUUGAAAAAUUAAGCUUAGACAAGAAGAAAGAUUAUAAAUUGGGAUUAAUCUAGAGAUAGAGAUGGUAGAAGAAUUAUUAAUUCAAAGAAUACAAUAAAUUUAAUAAAUUAUUUUUAGAAUAAGAAAGAUGAACCAAAUAAAAUAAAGAAAGAAAGAGAUUAAGUUGAAUUAACUUAAGCAACAUUAAAAGCAAAUGAGAGUAACAUCAAAUUAGAUUAAGUUUAUAUACGAAGAAAUUAAUAAAAUGAAAAGAUUAUUGAAAAUUCAAUAUAAUAGGCUAAGGUAAAUUAUAAAGCAAGAAAAUAAGUAGAGAAAGUUAAAGAAAAGGUUGAACUUGAUUUUUUGAAUGAAAUUGAUUAAUUUUUAGAAGAGGAAAAGAAAGAAUAAAAAGUAUAAAAUAUAGAAGAAUAAAUAAAUGAAUAAGAAAAUACUGAUGAACCUUAAUAAUUAAAGAAAGUGAAGAUUUGA